GUUUCCACCGGCUUGGAGCAGGCGCAGACAACUCGACUAGUCUGUCAGCAAGGCGCUGUCAAGCAUCCACACGCAGCAAACGUCGGACUCUUUUUAGCUUUUAAAUCACAGUCACUCUCCCCGGUGGGAAUCAAUGAAGGAAAGACGCCCGUGUCAGAAACUCUCCGUGAAAUCCGCCAUGGAUCCUAGUCCGAGUGUCAAGUGUAAGAUCGUGGUGGUGGGAGACAGCCAGUGUGGGAAGACAGCGCUGCUUCACGUGUUCGCCAAGGACUGUUUCCCUGAGAGUUAUGUCCCCACUGUGUUUGAGAACUACACGGCCAGCUUUGAAAUCGACACACAGAGGAUUGAACUCAGCCUGUGGGACACCUCAGGUUCUCCGUAUUACGACAAUGUGAGACCUCUUUCGUAUCCAGACUCGGAUGCAGUGCUCAUCUGCUUUGACAUCAGUCGCCCCGAAACUCUAGACAGCGUUCUGAAGAAGUGGAAGGGGGAGAUACUGGAAUUUUGUCCCAACACAAAGAUGCUGUUGGUUGGCUGCAAGUCAGACUUACGCACUGACCUGAACACACUCGUCGAGCUCUCGAACCACCGGCAGGCCCCCGUGUCUUAUGACCAGGGCUCCAGCAUGGCCAAGCAGAUCUCUGCGCCAUACAUCGAGUGCUCAUCUCAGCAAUCGGAGAACAGCGUGCGGGACAUUUUCCACGUGGCCACGCUGGCCUGCAUCAACAAAAAUGGCAAAAAUGUCAAGCGCAGCAAGACCGCCCGUGCCAGCAAGAGGACUUCCCACAUGCCUGGUAGACCCGACCUGACAGCUGUAGCCUCAGACCUCCGCAAGGACAAGGCCAGAAGUUGCUCUGUCAUGUGACUGAGGGGCAAGAGCCUGACGGGAUUGGGGACUGAACAUGGAGCAGCCAGGAAGAAGCUACAGGGAAUGCAUCUUUCCCGCAUGGGAAAGACCUCUUUUGUGUCUGGAAAGUCAACGCAUCUACAAGUUUAUGGAAUACACCGCACCAAUGACGAGUCAAAGUCCGGCUGUCGAGGAAGCUAUCUAUCAGCGUGCCACCUGCUGGGGAAGUUGGUUAUAUCCUGCUUCCUGCGGGAGAACAAAGCUGAGGCAGGUCACGCCCACAAGAACUAAGUUGGAGAAGUGAUGUCAUUGGAACCCUCAUAAGAACAUGUGACAUGUGGGUGUAUGGGUGGGUCGCAACAAAAAGGGGCAAAGAGGUGCUGAUAUGGUUGAUACUGAGCUUCAGAGAAACACAUUGUCCGUCAAGUCAUGGCAGCCCUGCACAACAAAGCUGCUGUUUGUCCCGUCUGCGAUAUGUUGUAAAAUGUGAAGUCCUUGGUGAUGAACUUUCCCAUGAUUGGUUGUUCUGGAAAUUGCAUGUCUGCACUAGGGUUGGGUGUUUGCAGUUCGGUUAAAUGAAGUCAAUUUGUCAUCAAUUUUCUUAUAGAUUUAUUUAAUAUUCAUUUUAGAUGUCAAAAUUAAAUGGAAAAGGAAGCAUGUUUCCAUAUCUUCUGUAAUUGGAAUUAUGAUAGUCCAACAAUCCUCAAAACAACUAAACAUUUAGCAAAGUAGAGCACUCGUUAAGGUUGUGAGCUAAUCCCUAUUCUUUGAGAAGUUUGAGCAUGUCAAUAUGUGAUAGCAAAUCUCCCAAGGUACCAAAGAUGAGGGGCUGCUGCAGCCAACAGGGUCCAUUCAUCAUUCCUUCCUCUGUACACCAAUCUAUGGUGUCAGCAGAUAUUUAUGAUAACCUCUUUUUGUUAGUCCUGUACCAAACGUUGUUUCCUUUUUUUUUCUUUUUUCGAUUUUCUUUGGCAGCCUAUUUGACAGCUAACUAGCUAACUCAAUUGCUACAAGAGGUUGCAACAAUUCAUGCUACCUUGAAAAGUUACAACAAAAUAUGCAAUGAUUCGGUGAGAACAGGUGGUGUUGCAUUUAUUCAUGAUGUGUGUCGUACUUGGAGCCAUAAAAAGACUGACGACAAUUGUCAGUGACCGCCAACCCGAUUUUGUGAUAAAUAAAAUUAAGCUUGUAAGUCUCGAUCAAGAAGGUGUUCUGUUGUUGUUUGUUACGAUACUAAUUAUUAACAUUGAAAACGUUAUUUUGCGUUGGCUCUUUAACAAAAGCCAUCCAAAGUGGCAUCUUUCACACUAGGCCCCGUCUCAUUUGUAGGCCAAAUGGUUGCUAGCUUUGCCAACUAAUUACCCCUUGGAUUUUCCAUGUGCUACUAGCAAAUGGUGUAUUUUAAGAUUAUAAUCAAUGUACUAAGUCAUCAAGCAUCGACCUUUCACCUCCAGGAGAGAGCAGCUAUUGCUAAUGUUGCCUUAAUGUACAGUGCUGUUAACAUCUUAGUUUGGUUGUUAGUCAAGGUUACACAACUAAGAAAGAUUUGUUCUGGUCUUUCUUUGCACCAAAAGACACCUUGUUUUAUCGUGCAUCAUCAGGGUCUAAAAAAAAUGACCAUGUGCUGACGGCCAGUGUUGGAGCAAUGCAAUUUCUGUUUUCAAAAAAAAAAACACAGGCAAUGACGCACUUGUAACAUACGUUUGAAAAUGUCCCAGUGCUGUGACCCAAAACUUUCAUGUCGUUUUCUGCCUGCGUGUGUUUUCAUGUUUUCUCUAAUGCUGAUGACACCUUGACAAUGUUGUUGCCACAGUAUUUAUUGAAUUGUAUAUUUUCCUUUUAAAAUAAAUGAAAAUUAAAUUAAA